UUUCAUACAUAUUUGACGCUCCCUCACAUUCAUCUUUCCAUUCAUUUUCUGCAUAGAAAGGAAGAGAGCCUUUGUGAGAGAUUUCACUUUCAGAGAGAAAUAUGGAGAAGGGGCCAACUACUGUUUCAGCCAUGGAAGCCUUUGAGAAGCUGGAGAAGGUCGGAGAAGGAACUUACGGUAAGGUUUAUAGGGCAAGGGAGAAGGCCACCGGCAAGAUUGUGGCGCUCAAGAAGACGCGCCUUCAUGAAGAUGAGGAAGGCGUUCCUCCUACCACUCUCAGAGAAGUUUCUAUUCUAAGAAUGCUUUCUCGGGAUCCUCAUAUUGUUAGGUUGAUGGAUGUCAAACAAGGCCAGAACAAGGAAGGAAAAACCGUCCUUUACUUGGUUUUUGAAUACAUGGAUACCGAUCUGAAGAAAUUCAUCAAGAGUUUUCGUCAUACGGGAGAAAACAUUCCCGUUAACACUGUCAAGAGUUUGAUGUAUCAACUCUGCAAGGGUGUUGCCUUCUGCCAUGGCCAUGGAAUCCUGCACAGGGAUCUGAAACCACACAAUCUCUUGAUGGACCGAAAGACUAUGAUGCUCAAAAUUGCAGACCUUGGGUUGGCUCGAGCAUUUACUGUCCCAAUUAAGAAGUAUACUCACGAGAUACUAACCCUCUGGUAUAGAGCUCCCGAAGUUCUGUUGGGAGCAACUCAUUACUCCACAGCUGUAGAUAUGUGGUCUGUUGCCUGCAUAUUCGCCGAACUUGCCACCAAGCAGCCUCUCUUUCCUGGAGAUUCUGAGUUGCAGCAGCUCCUUCAUAUCUUCAGGUUAUUAGGGACCCCAAAUGAAAAGGUCUGGCCUGGUGUGAGCAAACUAAUGAACUGGCAUGAGUAUCCCCAGUGGAACCCCCAAAGCCUUUCAACUGCAGUCCCUAACUUGGAUGAUAAAGGACUUGAUCUACUUUCAAAAAUGUUGAAGUAUGAACCCUCAAUGCGUAUUUCAGCAAAGAAGGCAAUGGAACAUCCUUACUUUGAUGACUUGAACAAGGAAUAUCUCUGAUGCUACGUAGAUUUGGGUAACUUUUUAACCGGAGAAGAAUGGUUGCUUUUCUCAAGCAGGAAUAUGGGGGGAGUAUAUUGGAAGGGAUAACUAUUUGUUGUAACCAAAACGAUGAAACUAGGUUUUAAGUCGGUAUUUGCUGUGAAGAAAUGACCAGCUUUUGGAAAUCUCAUGUUGCUAUGUGAAUUUGAAUUACCACUUCUCUCAUGAGCUCAUCUUUAGUGACAAGAUUACUAAUUUUUCUACCCUGUUUUAUUUGUGAUAUUAAUGGAAUGCUUUUUAGUGAAUA